AUGCAGUGAUAUUCAAGCUAUCCAAUUCUCCGAAGACGUCAUAUUGCUAUUGCUUCGGUCCAUUCUACAUUUCUCUCAUUUGAGGCUGCCUUUCAAGCAAUGCGCCUUAAACGCGCACUCUGAAGCGCACCGCUCCUACCCACAACAACACCAUCGACUGCUCCCACACCAUCCUAUCGCGACCUAACAUUACGCUUUUGGGCAAUAUGAACGCCUGGCUAGACGACCUCUCGGAAGACUGGGUUCCUCCUCCGUCGAGUCCACCAUCUUCGAGUGACGUGGCUGGUCUAGACGGACUACGCGACCUACCACCGCGACCGAAGAGCCGCAUACCUCGAUAUCAGAACCCAACUGCACCGACUUCCUCAAUUAGACGCCUCCAAGGCCGGAGCCUUAAAGUUCUCCAGGCUGCUGUGCCUAAAGGUGUACUCACGGAACGCACUUUCAGCGAGAAUAACAUCUCGUUGCCCUCCGAAAGCGACCCAACCACCGCACCAAUCAAACAGACGACAGCUCGCAGAAGUAUUUCAGGCUCAUCAAUCUCGAGUGUCGUUCACCAUGGCGUGGACGUAGAUGACGACAUAGGAACGGUCGCAAUUGGAAAGGGUGGUCGAGACCACGAUACACCGGAGUGGAGAAGACGAUUGCUGCAUGGAGAGAUGGGUUAUGGCGAUCGGAAAGACCUGUUCAGCCCGAUCGGUCUCCAAAACAUCUUCAACAAACCCGACGAGGAUAUAAGCCCAAAGCGGCCGAACAGGAAUGCGAGCAUGUCGUUCUUGAAAGGUGUGGAGAAUAUUCCAUCGAGUCCGCCACCUUGGCCAACAACCGGAACAACCAAGACGGUUCGAGAAUCGCAAGAGUCCCAACUUGACGUCGUGCAUGAAGAUUUGGAAGAGCAGGAACGAUCUGAUACAUUCGAAGAACCUUCAGUACAUUCAUCAGCCGGCACCAUCCAACGAAACCAACCAACCGAAGGUUCACCAAGCUCCGAAGAGGGGAGAAAUUCAGACACGAACAGGAUGAAGCAAGAAGAUUCAAUCGCUUCAUCUCGUGUGAUCAGCGGGAGAACAGAGCUAAAUGAGGGCUUUAGUCCUGUGUUCAUAUCCAAGCAUAAUACUACAGAUGGGAGGAUCGAUUAUGCCGCAUUAGAGCUCUCUAAAACCGAGCUUGAGCAGCGCUUAGAGCACUUAGCUCUGAAGAACUCGAGUACUUCGUCCACCCAACAACCGACUCGAAAACCUGUGGCGCACGAGAAUUCGAUAUCUCAAUUACAAUCGGAACCACUCCCUGACAGCAUCCUAACAGGCACGCCGAACUCGUACGAUGUCGGAGAGUUUGUCAGUGUCCGCCGGGGAGGGUAUUCUGUGGAGGGUUCUUUUGUACACCGACCGCUUAGUCCAUCGCCAAUGAAAGAGAAGGACUCUCUCUCCACCAUUGAGGAUCAUUCAAUAUCUGAAUCAUCGGUUGACGAGCCUGGCAUUGUGCAAGAUAAGGAAAGCUCGGAAAUUCUUCCUAUUGCUCCCACCCCCCCUCGUGCCUCAAAGUCUACCGCCGGCAGUCAACACAGCUCUGCUCGGGUCCAUAGCAAAUUUGGUCAAGGCGAUCUUGACAGCCAUGGUUUUGAGGAUGGGUUCACGCCCCAAUUUGAAGGCUCACGAUUCACGGGCAUGGGAUUCACUCCUGCCGCCUCUCCAUCACCCACAAUGCGACCGCCCGGUUCCAAGGAGCCAUCGAAGUACCAUCCUUCUGAUAUGACCGGGACAUUUGCAGCUUCAAAUAAAAGGAAGCUCUCGAAACUCUCGGCAAAAAGCUAUCUUUCGAUUGGCAAAAGAUCUUCCAGGAACCAACCCGUCCGAACCGAGACGAGCUAUGCCGAUGUCGAUACUAUGUAUCGGCAGAUGAGCAGUCAAGUGGUCUAUGAUGUUGCUGAAGGAAAGCGUCCUCCAACCUCUCCCUGCAAGGACCCUACUCCGAAACGGAGACGGACAUUGCACCUUGACGACAUGGAAAAUACAGCGAUUCCUGUCCGGGUAAACUCAAGAGAGUCUUCCGACCACGAAUCCGCGCAUUCGGUCAUAGGCCGCAAGCGCAAGGACGCGAGAUAUGAUGAUUCAAUAGAGACCGUACACCCCGAAGUUCUCGCUCGACGACAAAUCUUGCGCCCGCGGAACCCUACACCCAGCCAGCGGAGGCGAUAUGAAGUCGAAGAAGAGAUUUUGGAUGCAACCGAGGCGUUCAUGGAGAGCUCCCCACGACUUCAAACGAUACAAGAGCAUCUUCAGUCCCCUGCCCCUGUGGGAACAACCGCGGAGGAGCAGCAGGCUCGAGCUGUCGCAAGCAAAGUCGCGGCUUUUACCGUCAAAAUGUCAAGAGUCAAGCAGAGUGAGCGCAAGAAAUCGGUUACAACGCAAGACUUCUUGGACGAAGCGAUGAAAAUCAUGAGCUUCAUCCGUAACCGAGGGCGGGCCAGUGAUGGUGCAAACAACGCCAGUCUUGCCGAUUCUGACUUCCCAUCGGAGGCAUUCGACGAAGACGCGAUAGCAUCCACUUCUCUCACAUUCGAGAGACCCCCAAGUCGAGAGAAUCGAAGAAGUGGUUGGAGGACACGCGACGUGCAGCAAGACCCGAAUAUCGAGGAGCAUUUGCAGAGGUUCCAAGACGACGAAGAUGAAGACUUCAUGCCAUCCUCCAUUCGGUCUCUACAUAUUAGACCCAGCGAAGAAUCCCCCGAUGAAUCCUACACGCUUCCAGACGGCGAAGAUAUCCUCAUUCGAGGCCCGAUUUCUCGCGACAUGGACUCUAUCGGGAGCGAGGAUGGUACCGGAACUCAAGGGACGAUGGGAUCGAACACUCAGAACUCGGCGCAGUCAUCUCUAGGCAAUACCAAUGUCACCACGGCAUCCAAGCGUUCAGAUAACGUGGCAACAUUAGCACCAGAAGCUGUAGCCCACCUGAUUCCUGAAGAGAUUGGGUGUAUGACGUUCGACCGCGAUCGAGGCAUCUGGGUGAAAAAUAAGAGUCCGAAGAAGCCACCACGACGCAACGCGGAUGUCAGCAGCAUCAAUCAGAGCGAUGAUAACGUAUUGGAUCAGAUCCCUGAUUUGAGCGUCAAUGCCACUGAUGAGGAUGCCUGUGUGAUGAGUAGAAAAGAGGGCACGUUACGACAACGACUUCUACAGGCCCAGUACGUCCAUGGAAUAGAUCUGUCGGGGGGAAUCGCAGCGAGUGAGCAGCAGAAUGAUGGUCAGGCCGCGGACCGCCCAGAAACUCGAGAGGGGGCUUCCGCUCCUCAGGUUAUCAGCAGUUCUGUGCCCUCGAAGUACACAGCAUUUGCGUCCAGCGUUCCGCAGGCAGAGACCAGAGCCACAUCGUGGAGCGACCAGAGUGCAGCAAGUCAAAGCGGUACCAUGAAAGGUCCGGCACCCCCUCCUCAGUCUACGGUCGUCGAGCAGGAUGUUGAGCAUGAGAUUGGCAUCGAAGAAGGACGUCAUCCAAACGAACGAGUGCAUAACCUCCGACUCAAUAGCAUCGCUGUUUCGUUCUCAUCCCCUCGUAUUGGCGAAGAAUCCAAGGGAACAGUGCGACAUCCCGAUGGCCAAUCCAGUCGACCCCAAUCCGCAUCAGCAAUGUCUGUGUCUUCGGAAGGCCAGCCAACUAGAGCUCGAUCCACUCCGCCCAGGCAGGUGAACUUCUCCGUUGCCAUGACUCGACCUUCAAGCUCUCCUCAUGGUGAGAUCUUCCCUUGCCAACCGGGGCAACAAAUUGCCGACGUUACAUUCCUUCUCAGCGAACUCCCCGAAUUCACCAUCAAUCAAGUCGACGAGAGAGAGCUCCCACAACGAACAUUAGCCAAGAGACAUGGUCAUCAGCUCUUGUACGGUCACGAGGAUCGCUUUCACGAAGGCAACGCUGCUCUCGUCAAAGCGCUCCAAGACGUCGACCCUGACGAACCAUUUUGGGAGGACUUACGAGACCUCGUUCUUGAUGAGAAGGACCUCACGUCAUUAAAUUUGCUCGACCUUCUGUGCGAGCGUGUUGAGAAUCUCAGCGUCUCGAACAAUAACAUUGCUCAAUUGGUUGGCGUCCCGCCGUCGGCCCGACUAUUGAAUGCAGACCGGAAUCUUCUAACGGGAUUGACCACCUGGGGUCACCUGGUUAACCUACAAUAUUUGAACGUGUCGAACAAUGAUAUCGAGGACCUGCUCGGAUUCAACUGCUUGGUUCAUCUUCGACAAUUGAACGCGGACGAUAACCGAAUCACGAGCCUUGAUGGCAUUUUGGGACUGGAUGGUUUACUCGAGCUCAGUCUCAAGGGAAACCGAGUUCGAGUUGCAGAUUUCACAGGAUCUGAAUUGAAACGGUUAACCAAGCUCAACUUAGCCGCAAACGGGAUGGAAAAAUUCAUCGGCUUUGAAACUCUGCCGGCGCUCGUAGAUCUCAAUCUAGAUGACAACGAGCUUGACGAGACUCCUCUUGGCACCGGUGGCCAUGAUGGGUUGAAAUUGCUGCGCAGCCUCAGCAUUCGCCGAAAUGGCCUCACUGAGCUCCCAAUUACCAUCGAUGGUCUGAAUGUUGAAAAUCUGUACCUGGAUGGCAAUCGACUGCCGCGACAAACCAACUUUGACAAACUGAAACGACUACAGCUGGUAUCCAUGAGACAGCAACGACCUCCAUCUGUAGGAUCCAACAAUAGCGACGAAGCCCUAAUCGCGGCACCCGAUGUUCAGGAGAUGUUCUUAUCACUGAAUCAACUGCCAUCCAUGACAAUGAAGCAACCCUUCCUCAACUUGCGGACGCUGGAGCUGGCAUCAUGCGGGAUCCAGGCGCUGCCCGAGAACUUCGGACAACAAGCGGAAAGCCUACGGAGCCUGAACCUCAAUUUCAAUGCGCUGAAAGACCUUCGGCCUCUUUUGAAUAUCAAGCGACUCGAGGAGCUUCACUUGGCCGGAAAUCGCCUUCAGCGGUUGCGGAAACAGGUGGCAGUGCUGGCACUGCUUCCGGGAUUGACCACCUUGGACCUGAGGGAUAACCCGUUCAGUUUGGGCUUCUACCCGUCAGGUUACGAAGUCGGCCCUGUCCCGAAAGCGGUGCUGGAUGGCCCAGACGAAGUGUGGAAUGGAAAACGGUUCAUUUUGGUGCAUAGUUCUCGCGAGCGCGAUGAGGAGCAUGCAAAGUGCAUGGACGAAGACACGAAGCUUCGUCGACGAGUGUACGAGAUGUUGGUGGCCAACAAUUGCGCAUUGUUGCAACAUCUUGAUGGACUGGCGUUCUUGCGUAAGCGGGUGUUGGUGAAAGACGAUAUCUGGGUUCGGUUAUUGGAGUUAGGCGUGGUGCGCAAAUCCCAUCGAUCGAACAAUAGUUUGGGUGGUGAAACUGUUUAAGGAGGCAUACGAAAAGCAUGAAUGAAUUGAUGUAUCUUUGUACUAUUAGCCUGGUUAUAGUUUUUUUGCAUGAAAGUGCACUCGAGCAUGAACUUGCUCCUCUCCUU